UUUAAGGGACAACGGCGCUGUUAGAAAUGUCUGGAACUCAGAAACGACACUGCUUCCACCAAGAUGAAGCUCCGGAGAUUCCCUCCAAAGCCCCGUGUCUGGGACAGAACGAGGUGAAUGAAACCGUCUUGAUAGACACUAAUGACGCCACAAGUGAUGUAAUACAAUACGUCAUGACGGAAACGUCUGACCACUACAGGAAUGGAAGACCGUACAAAAUUCUCUUCUACCCGGGUAAAAGUACUGCCAUAAUCCAAAUCAACCUUCCGGGCGAUCAGCUAGUGAGAGACAUGGUGCUAACGUUGAACCAUUGUCGGACAAAUUGUCACGGGGUGAUUGACAUAUUUUUAAAUGAUUCGGUGCUUGUAAAAGGCUAUUCGGAUGCUAGGUGGGAUAACUUUGGAGAGCAGACGUUCAAUGUUCCAGUAUAUCUGUUAAAAAAGGGUACAAAUGAACUGACUAUCAGACUUAAUAAAACUAGCAGAGGAGUUUACUGGUUGUCUGAUAUCAAGAUAGAAACACGGAUUGUACGAUAAUGUAAAAUUGAAGAAAGAGAUGCCGAGAAGUCGCAUAAUAGACUAAGCUCACCCUAACGGAAAAUGUUAGGCAGGAAAGACGGAUCAAAUGUCCUCGCUAGAUCACACCCAUUCAAA